AUGGGCCUGCAGUAUCGAGGCGGCACCGGUGUUCUUCAAGUGCACCAGUACGGGUACCUGAAGCCUUCGCCCCUCAAUGGCAACGUCACAUGGCUCAAGAAGACAAGCCUCUUUCCCCAGACAGACUGGUGGUGGACUGUAUGCAGGUGCUGUAUUCCCCAGUUAAAGCCAGAUGGCAUUCCCCUGUUGAGGAAGCUGUGUUAUGCUGUGGGGGGCAUCCCCUAUCAGAUCACCAACAUCGCCAUCGGCUUCUGCCUGCAGGUCUUUCUUCUGGAUGUGGUGAGGAUGGAGGCCUCCUUUGUCUCUCUGAUUCUGUUCCUGAGUCGGGCGUGGGAUGCCAUCACCGACCCCCUGGUGGGGUACCUGGUGAGCCGCACCCCCCACACCCCCACUGGCAAGCUCCUCCCAUGGAUGGUGAUCUCCACGCCUCUCGGGAUCCUGUCCUACGUCCUGCUGUGGUCGGCCCCGAGGGGCUCAGACUCUCUGGCCUCCAGCAUCCCCUGGUACCUCAUCACCAGCUGCCUGUUUCAGACGUUCAUGAGCUGUUACCAUGUGCCCUACACCUCCCUCAGCAUGUUCCUGGGUGGACAGCAGAGAGACAGAGACUCUGCCACAGCCUACAGGAUGUGUUUGGAGAUGCUGGCCAUGUUGUUCAGCUCCGUGGUCCAGGGCCAGGUCAUGAAGGUGUUUUACACAGAGAGAGAUCGCGUCUGCCUGAACGAGGACCAGGUCUUUGAGCACGUCCACAGCACCCCGACUCCCGUUCACCCUGCUCUCCCAAACACGAGGAAGGCCUUCAUGACCUCUGCUAUGGUCCUGGGAAGCAUCUACUUCCUGUGCAGCCUGACUCUCCUCCUGGGAGUGAAAGAACAGCACGUUCCUGUUCGCUCUGAGGAAGAGAAGCGUCUGCCCUAUUUCUCCAGUCUGAAGAUGCUCGUGCGUCACACCCCAUACACACGCCUGGUCCUCGGGUUCCUCUUCUCUUCUCUCGCCUUCCAGAUGUCCUUGGGGAACUUUGCCUUAUACUGCACACACGCCUCUGGCCUUGGGCCCCAGUUCCAGUACAUCAUACUCGUGCUGCUGUUAGCAGCAGCCAUCUCUGUGCCUCUGUGGCAGGUGCUCCUGGUGAGGGUGGGCAAGAAGACUGCACUGCUCAUCGGACUCCCUCUGCUCAUCCCUGCCCUGGUGGUGCUGGUGUCGGUGCCCAGUAACCUGGCUGUGUUCAUGGCCAUGAGUGUCCUCAGUGGGAGCAGCCUGGCCACGCUCUUCCUGCUUCCCUGGUCCAUGCUGCCGGAUGUGGUGGAUGACUUCACCCUGAAGAACCCGUCCUGUAAGGGGAUGGAGCCUCUGUUCUUCUCCUGCUAUGUGUUCUGCAAUAAGCUGGGUGGAGGCCUGUCCAUAGGCUUCUCCACUAUGGUCCUCCACUUUGCAGGCUACAAGGCGGGUGCCUGUAGCCAUGGCGAUGGGGUAAUAACGGCAUUGCAGGUGUUGUUUGCGCCCGUGCCUAUUGGCCUGUUGGUGGUGGGGUUGGUCUUUUUCUGCCUCUACCCCAUCGAUGAGGCACGCCAACGGCAGAGCCAGAACCAGAGCCGCACCAAUCAGGAACAGGCAUUGUGAGUUCUACAGCAGUAUUCUAAAUCUUCAUUCUCUAUUUGGCACAUGUGUUUGGCAAUUCACCUUUUUUCUGUGAUGGUUUUGAGUAUAUUUGUGUGU